AUGAUACUGACCAAAGCCCAGUAUGAUGAGAUAGCCCAGUGCCUAGGGUCUGUGCCGCCCACCAGGCAGAGCCUGAGGAAGCCGAAGCAGAGGUUCCCCAGUCAGUCGCAGGCCACUCUGCUGAGCAUCUUCUCCCAGGAGUACCAGAAACACAUUAAAAGAACACAUGCCAAACACCAUACUUUGGAUGCAAUUGAAAGUUAUUACCAGAGGUAUCUGAAUGGAGUGCUGAAAAACAGAGGCCCAGUGCUCCUGGAGUCAGCCAGUGAGGUGGACUAUGCACCCUCAUUAAUGGCUCGUAUUCUACUGGAGAGGUUUCUCCAAGAACACGAGGAAACGCCACCCUCGAAGUCUGUUAUAAAUAGUAUGUUACGGGACCCUGCUCAGAUUCCAGAUGGAGUUCUAGCAGAUCAGGUCUAUCAGUGCACUGUGAACGACUGCUGCUAUGGCCCACUGGUGGACUGCAUCAAACACGCCAUUGGUCAUGAGCAUGAACAUGAAGUCCUGCUGAGAGACUUGCUUCUGGAGAAAAAUCUUUCUUUCCUGGAUGAAGAUCAGCUCCGUGCAAAGGGUUAUGACAAAACACCAGACUUUAUUUUGCAGGUACCAGUUGCUGUAGAAGGGCACAUAAUUCACUGGAUUGAAAGCAAAGCCUCAUUUGGUGACGAAUGUAGCCACCAUGCCUACCUGCAUGACCAGUUCUGGAGCUACUGGAAUAGAUUUGGGCCAGGCUUGGUCAUCUAUUGGUACGGCUUUAUCCGGGAGCUGGACUGCAACCGGGAGAGGGGCAUCCUGCUCAAAGCCUGUUUCCUGAGCGACAUCGUCACCCUGUGCCACAACACUGCUUGA